CAUUGUGCUAUCUUUCCUUUUUUUUCGACUAGAGAGCGAUAAGACAGUGUUGGGUGCGGAAGUUUUGGUUUACUUGUGCACCAAACUCUAUGAUUGUGGCUCUAGCGAAAGAAACAUUGCGUUUUACAUAAAUUUGUGUUUUCUAAUCAAAAGCGGAUAUUUCAGAAGGUAGGAUAUAUUAUUUUGACUGCAACAGACUGACUGGCCAAUAGAAAGUGAGUGUCAAACGUGCUACUCGUUCGUGCCAUUCGAUCCCGUGAAAAAGAGAAAAGCAGUUACAGUUUGUAUGUGCAUGGAUUCGUUCGAAAACACGUGAUUCUAGUCAACAAACUCUCUUUGUAUUUUGUUUUUCAUCUAAUGGCCUACCACAGUGUUUUGGUAGCCAUCAUUACUGCUUAUCUUUCAGCCAUCGCUUAUGGAAAACUAAUCAACACCACUGAGGCCAAUAGCAGUCAUGCCUUCUCACCAGAUGAAAAAUUUACCACUCAAGUUGAUCUAUUGACUUCGAAAGUUACAUAUCCAAUGACCACAUCUUCGACGGAAUCCAGCACUUUUGUUAAGCCAUCCAGACAGUCAGAAAAAAAUGGGGCAGUCAACACUGUUGAAGUGACAUCAGAGGCUUCUUCGAUUACUACAUCUCAUUCCUCGACUAUCUUUUCAACAAAGUACACGUCACCAGUGCCUGUUGAAAUUCAUAAUUUUACCGCAUUCUGGCAAACGGAUGAGGAUGACGGAGACCAUGUCAUGGUGUUUUGGUUUGAAGAAAGUCACAAGAAUCAACAAAUAGGAUGGAAGCUAGUUCUUUCAAAGAAAGCGGAAAUGCAAUCAGCGGUUAUUCAUUACAAUUGUUCUCGGCAAGCAAAUUCUGGACAACAUCAAUUGAAACUAGAAAAAUUAUUACCAACACGGUACUUUUUCACCUGCGGCGAUGGCAGUCAAGAUAAAAAUGCCGAAUUAAUUAUCGAGCCUUGUUUCUCGUACGAGUUCAGUCUCGUCCCUCUUGAUGGCAAAAGUAACCUGAAGAAGACAACCGAACUGACACCUUUUGUAAAAUGGCCAUCCAAGAUCGAAUCAUCUUAUGAUGUAGGCAAGAGCAACCUGGUGAUUCGUUGGGAACCAUCACUUGAGAAUUUGAAUUGUAAUUUGAAGUAUCGCUACAGUUUAAGUGUCGAUAAAGUAGGUAACAUUACCGAGACUAUCGAUGAUAGACGAAUUGAAUUCAAAGUUGAGCAUUGCACGAAUUAUUCAAUUGCUGUUUGGAGCAUCGGUGUAGAGGGCAGUAAUGAAAUAAUAUCGAGACAGCCAGCUCGACACAUCGGUAGAACUGACACUCAAGGUUUUGAAAUUAAAGACAUGAAAGCCAACGCAAAGGCUAUAAAUCAAACAUGCCUGAUUGUUAACUGGUCACUGAAUCGCAAUGUUAGGCAAUUGGUCAACUGUGGUGUCUCAUUUCGAAUUCAUUUGGACCCUCCUUCGGAGGUUGGAGAGUACGUGUGGGUGUUGAAAUAUGAUAAACAAACACAAGAGGAAAUGGUCUGCCAGCUGCGACCUGCAACGGAGUACAAGGUUCAUAUUGAAGUUUUGGAUAAUCAAGAAGGAAUCCAGCUUGGUUCUCGGUUAUACUCGUCAUCAGUUAGCAUACAGACACCCAGCACGUACGAUGCAGUUACAGUAGGACUUAUCGUCGUCUCUAGUAUUCUUAUAAUGAUGCUCAUCUGUGUUACCUUAUAUUGCUUCCGAUCGUGGCAUUCAAGGCGUGACCAAAGAUCGCAAGUUGCACAGCAAAAUUUCCGGUUAAAAUCAUCAUUUUUGGGUAACGUGAACCGAAGACGCGCUCAUCCCGUAAAAGUGCGAAAUUUAGAAACAGUUACGCAGCGUCUCUGUUCGUUGGCUGGCCACCUCUUGGAAAUGGAAUUUCAAGAUCUGGCCAUCUUGUCCGAUAAUCGUCGCCCAAAGGACGCUCCCGUCGCUUUGUUAUCUACAAACACAAUCAAGAAUCGCUACAUUAACAUUUUGCCUUAUGAGCAUACCCGUGUUCCCCUCAGUUUGUUACCGGACAGUCCUGACUCGGACUAUAUCAACGCGUCGUAUGUCGUGGGUUUCAGCGGCCCAAAGGAGUACAUUGCUACACAAGGACCGAAAACUUGUACCAUAGGAGAUUUCUGGAGAAUGAUUUGGGAACAAAAUGUGUACGUCAUCAUUAUGGUGACAGGUCUUGAAGAAAGAGGCAAACCCAAGUGUGACCGAUAUUGGCCAGAGGACGCGGAAACUCCGCUUGUUUGUGACAGCCUUUCCGUUUCUCAAUUGAACGAAAUAGAUUUUGAAAACUAUACCAUCCGCAGCCUCGAAGUCAAAUUGAGCGAAAAAUCUCGAACAGUGAAACAAGCCUAUUUAAAAGGUUGGCCAGAUUUUGGUGUUCCUGAACGUCCUGAAAUUCUGAUUCGAUUUGUUGAAGUCAUUCGAAUUUUGGUAAAUGAGACACCAUCAUCGUCAAAUCAACCCAUUGUGGUGCAUUGCAGCGCUGGAGUAGGUCGAACAGGAACUUUCAUCGCCGUAGACUGGCUGAUGCAAGCAGCUCGUGUACAAAAAGAAAUUGACAUCUUUUCUACUGUAUUGCGCAUGAGAGAAUGCCGAAUCAACAUGGUCCAAAGCGAGGAGCAGUACGAAUAUGUAUAUCGAUGUAUGUCUCACUUUGUCAACACUAGACUUUUCUCCUCGGGAAACAUCGAGGAUACACCGGACACAGAUGCAGAAAACUUGCUGACUAAUGGAAAUAAUCAAUUGCUGAACGAGGUAGCGUAAGGAGGUCGAUUGCGUGAUACGGCACGGUCAUUUGAAUGUUUUUUUCCUGUAUAUUUACAUGUAUCAAGAAUUGGAAGUUCAUUGUUACGACGCUUGUAAAUCUUUUCAAAAGCAUAAACAACUGGUACACCAUGA